AUGAAGAGAUUGGAAGGGGAUUUUCCCCGUUUUACAUCUAAAAGAAGUAAGGAAUGGGAAGAAGCAGAACGUAGGGUUCAGGCUGCAAAAAAUCCGGUUGAAAACGAGCCACAACCGGACCAUCGGUCGCUUUAUGAAAAAUUGCAAGCAAAUAGGAUUAUAAAGGAGGAAGAGUAUCAGGAAUCAUGGAAAUUAUCAAACUUGAUCCGGACGUUAGAUGAUGAGGAAAUUGAUUUUUUAGAUAGACUAAGAAGAGAAAAAAUACAAGUAGAAAAAGAGGCAAAAAAGCUUGUUGAAGAGGGUUUGAAAGUUUUUAGAAGGAAUGUUUUGAAGAUGGGAGAAAGAGAACAAUUCGAUCAAUCGAUUCAACAAUCUAUAUAUCGUUCAUGGUCAGCAACGGAAAUUUCUAAAUCUCCAGAAAUUAAUGAGAGACCAUUAAAAAAGAUGAAGGAAAUGACGUUGAAAGGUGUUAUUCUUAAGAAAAAUAAGAAUAGCCUUUCGAAACAAAACGAUUCAGAAUCGAAAGAUCAAUAUAAUAUAAAAAGUGCAGAAAAUACGGGUGAAUCUAAUAAUAUUUUAUCAAAUAUGUCACCUAAAAAAAAUAAAAAAGCGGGCGAAUUUCCAGAAUCAGUCAUUACAACCUCCUCUAUUGAAACAACAGAUCAAAAAUUGAUCGUUUAUACAAGUGGAAGUGAUGAAAGAGAAGAGUAG